UAUGGGUGAAGAUUUGUUUUGGGCCAUACGUGGUGGUGGAGCAGCGAGCUUUGGAAUCGUUCUUGCAUGGAAACUUCAACUAGUUCUUGUGCCAUCGACAGUGACUGUGUUUGAUGUUAAGCGGAAUAUGAACGAUGCUGCAACAAAGAAGUUCGUUCAUCAGUGGCAAAGGCGUGCAGACAAAAUCGAUGAGCAUCUGUCAAUCUACAUCACAUUCAGAACUGCGAGUUCUACUGAUAAAGAAGGGAAUAAAACAAUUAUACUAGAAGCUUUCCCCCGAGGGACAUUCCAUGGCAGCGUGGAUAGGCUCCUUCAAUUAAUGCAAAAGGAGUUUUCUAAGUUAAGUUUGCUAAGAGAGGAGUGCACCGAAAUGAAAUGGGUAGAGUCCUUUCUCUAUUUCAACUUCUUUAGAAAUGGAGAAUCCUUGGAUGUUAUACUUAAUAGGAAAUCUGCUUACAAAGUUGCGUCUUUCAAGGCAAAAUCUGACCAUGUGAAAGAGCCUAUUCCAGAUGACGUGUUUGAAAGAAUGUUGGAAAAGUUAUACGAAGAAGAGGUAGGAAGUACUUCGAUUGAUGUAUUUCCUUACGGAGGAAAAAUGAAUGAGAUUUCAGAAUCCGCAAUCCCAUUCCCACACCGAGUCGGGAACCUCUACUACAUCCAUUACUUUGUGCAAUGGCAAGAAGAAGAAGUGGAUAUUACAUCACCCAACAAACAUAUAACUUGGUUAAGAAGACUUUACGAUUACAUGACUCCUUAUGUGUCUAAAAAUCCAAGGACUGCAUUUUUCAAUUUCAGAGACCUUGAUAUUGGGAUGAAUAACAACAAGGAUGGCAUCACUUAUAACAAUAUUUCUCAUGCAAGCAUUUGGGGCACCAAGUAUUUCAAGAGUAAUUUCAAUAGGUUGGUUCGUGUAAAGACUAUAGUUGAUCCAACUAAUUUCUUUACAAACGAACAAAGCAUCCCACCUCUUUUUGUGUAAUAAAAAUGUGAUAAGUGAUCCUUGGGGUUAGAAUAAACAAUUGUCAUUAGCUUUUCUAUUUUCUGCGUUUUAAAUAAAUGUUUUUUGCGACUGUAUCAUAUGUAUUCUUAUAGUUUAGAAAUUAAUACAAAUAA